UUCAGUCCCUGUUCUCAGGUCACUGACGGUCUUACCCUUCUGGAAUGGUUGCUCCCUGUCUUUUACAAGCCGGUUGCUCCUCCUGUAACCUCCACUCUCUACACCUAUCUGGGUGUAGUUUGAGUCACUUUUUAUUUUUUUUCCUUAUUUUAUAUUUCUUCCUGUUGGAGUUUCUUUCUCUUUUUUCAAUCUUUAUGAUUGUUUUUUUUGUUGUAUUCUUUGUUCCAAUGUUAGUUUUCCUUGCUUUCACUGCUCUUAUGACUAGACAUUUGCCCCAUAGGGAUCAGUCUUACAAGUCAUCUAAUAAAAAUAAAAUCUUUUGCCUACAUCCCCAUAUAUGGAAUAUGUUUCCAAUCACUUUAUUCUACUACAUUAGG